AUGGGCCAUACUGAAGAAGCAUGUGAGCAUCACUUUAAAGAUGUGGGCAGAAACAAGGUGGGAGAGCAGGUCAAAAGUGUUGAGCCCAUGAGGUACCACGGAGCUGCCGUGAGAGAGGCUUUAAUUGAGGUGAGAAACCACACCAAAGAUCCCGCUGUAAAGGCUGAGGCCCAGUCUUUGUCUGAGGAGUUUCCACAACUCCUCAACACCUCCUGCAGAAAGACAAUUCUUCCUCACUUAGAAGAAAUGUUGAUUUACAUUUUGUUGUCCUCCAUCUCUCUGCUCACCAUAGCUCUCAACCUGCUGGUCAUCAUUUCCAUCUCCCACUUCAAGCAGCUCCAGACCCCCACCAACCUCCUCCUCCUCUCUCUGGCCGUCUCAGAUUUCUUCAUGGGCCUUAACACGAUCUUUCAAAUAAUAAUGAUAGACGGCUGCUGGUUGCUCGGUGAUCUCAUGUGUUCUUUUUGGUUGAUUCUAUCAGCCAUUCUUUUUUUGGCCUCAAUAGGAACCAUGGUGCUCAUAUCAGUGGAUCGAUAUGUGGCUAUUUGUUAUCCUCUGCAUUACUUCACCAAAAUCAAAACAAAAAGAGUUCAAGUCUGUGUUUGUCUGUGUUGGAUGUUUGCUGCUUCAUUGAACAGUCUGCUGCUGAAGAAUAACCUGCAACAUCCAGGCAGGUAUAACUCCUGCAUAGGAGAGUGUGUCAUUGACAUAAACUACAUCACUAGUCUUCUUGAUCUAAUUGUUACAUUCAUUUUUCCCAUUACUGUUAUUGUCAUUCUAUAUAUUAGAAUAUUUGUGGUGGCUGUGUAUCAGGCUCGUGCCAUGCGGUCUCACAUUGCAGUUGUGACAACAAAAGCAACCGUUAAAAAGCCUGAAAUGAAAGCAGCCAGGAAUCUUGGUGUUGUUGUUGUUGUGUUUCUGAUAUGUGUUUGCCCAUAUUAUUGUUUUGUUCUAACAUCCCAAAAUAACGUUUACACAACCUCAUCUCUAACCAUUGUAAUAUGGUUGUUUAAUUGUAACUCCUGUCUCAACCCUCUGAUCUAUGCCACUCUCUACCCCUGGUUCAGAAAAUCAAUUAAGGUAAUUGCUACACUUGAGAUACUGAAGCCUGGUUCCUGUCGGACCAACAUGCUUUAGAGACACGCUGCAUGGGUCUAAAUUUAGACCUUUAGGCUGAACAACAAUAAGAAGAAUUUUAUCCAUGGUGCAAAAUAAUCAGGAUUUCCCUUUUCACCUCAACUUAUUGGGCCAAAGCAAAAGGUCAAUUUGUUUCCCCGGGCAGACAUACAAUAACUUGGUGCAGCUGUAUUGUACAACACUAUCCCUCUGAUACUUUCUCUUGUUCUCCUGCCGCUUGUAUCUUUUAUUAUGAACUGAUUCAAUGUAGAAAGUGCAAGCACAUGUACAGCUUAAAAACAAGGCAAGCAUCUUCUGAUCUGAUUUCAUGUAAGUAAGGUACAGUAGAAGUGAGUCAAUAUAUCGGCCCGAAAAGGGCAUUCAUUUUAUCGUGGGAGUUCCAAUAUAUCUUAAAUGUGAAACAUGAAUUAAUUACAGUAUGAAAAUCUUAGUGUGAGAACUUUAGUGCUGAUUGCUAUUGGCUUAUAUUCAGUAGAAAAAUAUGCAACACGGUAUUGAUGCUUUCAAGUUGAGAUUGAUAGAUUGUAGACAAAACAUCUGUACUUCAAUCGGUGAGGAGAGCUAAUAAUAGUCGAGAUGAGUUCAAGCUGCAUUCAAUAAAAUACUGAAUGAAAUUACAUUGUAACAUUUUCAUGAUGGUGUUGAGAAACAUAUAUAUAU